AUGGCGACAGCUUGGGGUGAGGUCUGUCGCCAAUGCGUCAGUACCGUCGCAGAAGUCCCAAUCCAGAUCCUACUCAUCACAAUCGCGGCUACCUUCCUCGGCCUAUUCGUCCUGUUCUCCCUUUUCAUAAUCCUCGUCGCGCCAUCCCCACGCCUCCCCCUCCCAGAAGAAAAGAAGUAUAGAACCCUAGCCAAAGAUGGCUCCGUCACAAACCCCCAACCACUCCCCUGCUGGCUCGACAGCCUAAACGCGCAACUCAAUAGCGAUCGCAAAAGCACACCCACUCCAUCUCUCGAACAGGCAGACCUCUUCAUGUCCGUCGUCGUACCAGCCUACAAUGAAGAAGACCGCCUAACCGGCAUGCUGGAAGAAGCAGUCAACUACCUAGAACGCAUGUACGGCACAGCAACAACCCGUGAAGGAAAUGCCAACACCGGUAGCGAGAGCGAGACAAACGCAAUGGAAACACGGUCAAUGCGGAAACGCAAACCAAUCACCGUCGCCAACGGAGACGCGAAUGCGAACGGCCACGCCGCCGUCGCUACCUCGAUUCCAGACCGCGGCUGGGAAAUCAUCCUCGUCUCGGAUGGAUCCACAGAUCGCACCGAGGAAGUCGCGUUCCGCUUUGCGCGCGAUCAUCAGCUCUCGCUUCAUCCCAAAGGUAAUGCUGGGCCGUGGACACCUCAGGUUUCUGAGGGUGUGCAUAUCCCGCCUGGAACGAUUCGGGUUGUGACCUUGACUGAGAACCGGGGCAAGGGCGGGGCUGUUACGCAUGGCAUGCGCCAUGUUCGCGGUCAGUAUGUUGUUUUUGCGGAUGCAGACGGAGCGAGUAAGUUUGACGAUCUGGGUAAGCUUGUUGGGGCGUGUCGCGAUGUUGAGGAUGUGCGUGGGCGUGGUGUGGCUGUUGGGUCGCGCGCGCAUAUGGUUGGGAGUGAGGCUGUUGUGAAGCGAUCUAAACUACGCAACUUCCUUAUGCAUUCCUUCCACUUGAUCCUGUGGUUGAUGACGCCUCCUAAGACUGCUACGGUUAAGGAUACGCAGUGCGGGUUCAAGCUUUUUUCGCGUCCUGCGUUGCCCUAUAUCGUGCCAUACAUGCACUCCGAAGGCUGGAUCUUCGAUGUUGAGAUGCUUAUGUUGGCUGAGUUUGCCCGGAUCCCCGUGGCUGAGGUUCCUGUGGGCUGGAGGGAAGUGAAGGGGAGCAAGUUGAAUGUUCUUAGAGAUAGCAUUGGCAUGGCCUGGGGUCUGGCUGUCCUGCGGGCGGCUUGGUCUCUUGGUGUGUAUAGACAGCGAUGA